UAGUUGGGCCUAUAUUUGCUUCAACCUUGUUUAGCAGAUCAGUGUGCAAUGAACUCGAGCACGGUGGAAGAAUUUGAGAAGAAGGUAGUUAUUUCGGAGAGGAUGAGCAUGGAGGAGGGAGCAGGCAAUUGUCCAGAGAUCGAUUCUUUCAAAAUCGUCGAAUUGCUUCGAAGAUUUCUAGCAGUGCAGCAACGCAGAGCCCAAGCUUAUGCCAGGCUCAAAAGAGGUUUCGAAGAUUUUAUGGUUUCGGGAGUAGAAUCAACUUACCAACAGCUAUGCAGUGAGAUCACUGUUGAAUUUAAUGAUUGUUCAAAACAGGUCCUUGAAAUGGAGUCUCAGUUUCUAACUCCCCAUUGCUUCCGGGAGGAUCUGGCUCACCUUCUGAGAUCUAUUCAAAAUCAAGAAAAGAUCAAGCUGCAACUGACCGCCACAAUACAAGUCCUGAAAAAAGCUGGCCGCCCCUCAGAGCGUCUGGUGAGUCAUGAAAAUUGUAGAUACAGUAAGCCAACCGUACAUGAAUGUGUGCACAUCCAGAAGAUAACGGAAGCUUCAGGCACUGAAGAAGCAGAAGCUGAUGCAGAAUUUGAUAAUGCUCUCAAGGAGGCUAUUCAAGGUGUUCAAGAUGCAGUAACAACAAUAAAUGAACAUUUGGAAGAAGUUAGGUAUGAGAUUGCAGCACUUGAAGACUAAAGAUUAGUUGGUUGACUUUACCUUUUAUGUUUUCUCAAGGGCUCAUUGCCAUCAAAAGUUACCUCAUAAGUUCCAGGCUGAUCAAGGAUCAUCAUGUACAUUGUUCGUCAUAACAGUUUUAUUUGUAUAGGCGACGAACAUUUUAUUGUUGAUGGUGGUCAUGGAAGGUAGAAAACUAUAAACAAGCUACACAAUAGUUUAUCUGGAUAGCAGAUAACACCUUUUGGAAUCCUCAGAUGAACUAAAUUAGUUUGAUAUACAGUUAAGUUGUUCACUGGAAACUUAUAACAAGAAACCCUUCUAAUAUAUGGGAUGACCCAAGGACUGAUGUGUGUUUGCUUGUU